UGGAGAAGUAGUGCGUUCCUCUUUGGAUCACCCAGCAGCGCGUUAGCGUUUUGGACCGACGAGACCAGCAUUGCUGUGACUAGACUACUCUUUCCGACCAUGUAUGCGCUGCUUCGGCGGCUUUUCAACCAAAGCGCCGAGCGUCGCUACUGGCUGGCUUUGGCCCAAGCCGCGCACGUGCGCAAUCCACUGGUUCGGGCAGACGUGAUUCUCUACAUUCUAGCCUACGUGGCCCCGUCGUACGCGUAUCCUGUGUAAAAGCGUACCGACACUAAUCUCUGUCAUGUGAAUCCAUGCAAAUCUUCUUCUCCAUGCAGCCCAGGAUGUGUGUCAUGGUUAGCCCCACCCCAACAUGAGGGCGAGUGCUUUCGCUUUCCGAUGUUGUCUCUACUUCGUUAGGGAUUUGCCAUUCUGAAAGUGAAACCAGGAUAGAGGGACGGCAGUCCCGAUGGUUUUUCUUGUGCGAUACCAAUUCGCCCUCCGCGGUGCCUUGUUGUACGGAGGACGCGUUGCAGAUCGGGGACGACGCAAAUGCCAGCAUGCUGGCGGGGGGGGAGCGAGCAAAAAGACAAAAGGAAGCUCGGCUCGUAUCAGGGGGAAAACAGGCUCAAAUCGGGAGAUGAAGGAUGUCCUCGCAUAAAGAAGAAUGCCCAUAAUCCUGACUAUUGGAGGAUGGCUAGUACGCUUUUACACAGGAUGACGCACGGCACCGACUGUACCGCCUGGAAGACAUUUUGCAGCUUGCUUUUGCUGCUCUUGUUCUCGCUGUCGGCUACCUCCUCAGCAACGCGGGGCGGACAGUGCGUUCCCACGCGAGGCCGCACGCUUUUCGACAGCAUUCUUGAGAGCACUUCGUACUUUUUUCUUUCCAGGCAUUGCGGAGCCACACUGCCGUGUGGCAUCCCUGGCAGAGUGAACUUGCUUGUUUCGGAAGCAUCAAGUAUGUAUGGCUUUCGCGAGUAUUGUAGGUAGUAUAUAUAACUACACAAAGAAAGAUAGAUACUCAUACUGCAUCUGCAUCUAUUUCACGCGAAAGGGUGCCAGCUAUUGCAUCAACCGGGGAAGUUAUGUUGAAACCGUCUUCCGGUCCUCCCUCACACAAUGUCCUUGUCGGUCUACCGUGUUCAUUUGACCGAGUGCAUACAUAAGUUUAACUUUAACUAUACAAGAUCCAGGUCGCCUCCCUGAUGGGCGACCUUCUUGGUGCCCGGUCCGAGAAUCCGCAGGGCGAUGAAAUGAUGACAACUACUUUUAGUACUGAACGAGCACAAGAAAGAGAAUGCCUUCGAACUUCAUGCAAACUGCGGUGCAUACCAUGAUCGGGAAGCUUUGAAAAU